CCCCAACUAGUCUUUCUUGAAAAGCAAAAGGGAAAUCCCACUAUCAUUGCCUUUCCACUAAGAGAAAAAAGAAAUGUUGAUUUCAGGCGAAACCACUAAAAUCUCCGCUGGCCUCCUCCUUCUGUGCUUCACCUUCAGCAUUGCAUCAGAAUCGGGCGACCCAAUACCAACUCCAUGGCCGGAGCAAUUCCAUUCAAUUCUCUUCAUGAACAACACCAAGGGUAAUCUUCAAAUCGUUGAUUUAUGGUACGAUUGGCCUAAUGGAAGGAACUUCAACAUAAUUAAAAAUCAAUUGGGAAAGCGUCUUUAUGAUUUAGAAUGGGAUAACCAUACUUCGUUUUACUAUACUUUGGAUGCUAAUAAGGAGUGUAUGGUCAGGCAUUUUCCUGUAGGGAUACUUAGACCUACUUGGUUACAGGGUGGGAAUUAUUUGGGACAGCGAUAUAUGGAUGGGUUUCUAUGCAAUGUGUGGGAAAAAGUUGAUUUCAUUUGGUAUUAUGAAGAUGUUGUUACUAAGAGACCUGUUUACUGGGCUUUCUUCACAGGUAUGAUUGCACAUGUAAUGACAUUCGAAGUAGGAAAAGUGCUGGAGGAUCCAAAUUGGCAAGCUCCUGUUUAUUGUUUCAAUGAGGCCAAGGAUGAAAAGAUAUCAUCUCCUGUUAGUUUUGUUACUAAUGAGGAUGUUUCGAUUGGCAAACUCAUUGGAGCAUCGAUGGAUGUUUCUUUACUGCUCUAAUUCUUGUUACAUUUCCAUGUACUAUCAAAUAAUUUCUUCUUGAUGUUGUUGUUUCUUUGGAUCUAAUAAAUUGGUCCUGAGCUUCCA